AAAUUAAUUAAGACUCGUUCUACGGCGCACACUUUUUACAAAACAUAAUAAAAAAGAGCACAUACAUAGCAUAGCAUUACUCACUAAUCAAUUUAAUUACCACAACAAAAUUACUACUGAUUAAGAUUAAGGCCGUGAAACUUUUUCUUGAGCAAAAAUGGAAAUUCCUUGAAUAUGUGGAGCAGAACAAUUUAAUUAAAAUGUGGUUUUUCUUUAUCCAGUAAAACUCUAUUGUAAACCACACGAGUUCUGCUAUUAGAUCUUUUUUUUUUUUCUUCUUCCUUUGACGAAACUCAUGUGAAUAGGCUUAUGAAAGGAACAGUACUCGUCAAUAUAUGCAACGGAUUUAGAUUAAUUUUUUCCUUAUAGUCCAAGCACUAAAGACAAUAUUACUUAGAAUAGUCAAACUAUGCGAGAAAGACAAAGCUCAAUGAAGAGGGUACUGGUAUUCCAUCGUCUUCACAAAGCUCGAUCAAGAGGUAGAAAAUAAUGAUGGGGAUCUGUUCUUUAAUGUUUAUAGUUUGCUUUUUCAACUCCUUUUCAUUUUUAGUAACUUCUUCUACGGUAGUUGAUAGCAUUAGACCAUCAAAUUUUAUGAGAGAGAACACAACUUUGGUUUCCAAAGAAGGAAACUUUGAACUGGGAUUUUUUAGUCCAGGCAAUUCAAAGAAUCGUUAUCUGGGAAUUUGGUAUAAGAACAUCCCAGUUCAAACUUUUAUUUGGGUUGCAAACAGGUGUAAACCCAUCAACGAUUCAUCUGGCUCAUUGACUAUAAACGAUAAAGGAGAACUUGUGCUUUUGGGGCAGAAUCAGAGUGUGAUGUGGUCAACCAAUUCAUUGAAACCACCACAACAACCAUUGGUGCAGCUUUUGGAUAACGGUAAUUUGGUUUUGAGGGAUGAGAAAGAUGAGAAUACAGAGAAUUAUUUGUGGGAAAGUUUUGAUUAUCCAACCGAUACUACUGUGCCCGGAAUGAAAUUGGGAUGGGACUUGAGGAGAAAUCUCACAAGGCGUUUAGCAGCAUGGAAGAGUUUCGAUGACCCUUGUAAUGGAGAUUUCACUUAUGGGAUUGAGCUUAAUCAGCAACAACAUACGUACCCUGAACCAAUGAUCUUAAAAGGGUCUUCAAAAUUUUAUCGAACUGGCCCUUGGAAUGGCAUAAGUUUCAGUGGAAGUCCUGACUUGAGACCAAACCCGCUUUUCGAUUACGCGUUUGUGUACAAUGAUGAUGAAGUUUACUACAUUUAUUACCUCAAAGACAAGUCGGUCAUAUCAAGAAUUGUGAUGAAUCAAACAACAAGUGUUCGUCAACGCAUGGUUUGGAUACAAGCAGAGAGAAUUUGGAAGCCUUAUAACUCAGUUCCAAGGGACCAAUGUGACAACUAUGGCUUCUGUGGACCAAAUUCAGAAUGUGUCAUAACCAAUAAUCCAGUAUGCCAAUGUUUGAAGGGUUUUAAGCCAAAGGAUGAAGAAAAUUGGAAAGCUAUGUAUUGGUCAGAAGGAUGUGUCAGAGAUUCUCCUCCUAAUAAUUGCCAUGAAAAAGCAAAAGAUGGCUUCUUAAGAUUUUCUGGCUUGAAAGUGCCUGAUACUCAAUAUACUUGGGUGAAUAAGAGUGUGAAUCUAAGGGAGUGUAGAGCUAAAUGCUUGAGCAAUUGCUCUUGCACUGCUUAUACAAACUCAGAUAUUAAACAAGGCAUUGGUUGUGUGCUUUGGUUUGGAGAUUUAUAUGAUAUUAGACAGUUUUCAUCAGGUGGACAAGAUCUUUUCAUUCGAGUGUCAGCAUCAGAAAUAGAAAAAGCAAGAGUUGGUCGUAAGGUGAAGAAAGCUGUGUUAGUAUUGGCUAUAAUCGUUGCAUUAGUUGGUGGGUUAAUUUUAGCUGGCUUUUACAUUCGCAGGAGGCACAACUUAUUUGAAGAAAAUGCAGAGACAAAUGUUAUUAUAAAUAGGGAUGAAUGCCAAGAAGAUGACUUGGAGCUCCCAUUGUUCAGUCUACAUACAAUUCGUACUGCCACUAAUAAUUUCUCACAGAAUAGUAAGCUUGGAGAAGGUGGUUUCGGACCAGUAUACAGAGGAAUGUUAGAAGGAGGACAAGAAUUUGCUGUGAAGAGACUAUCAAUGUGGUCUGGACAAGGAGACAAUGAGUUCAAAAAUGAAGUUAAACUAAUUGCCCGACUUCAACAUCGAAAUCUUGUAAAAAUUCUUGGUUGUUGCAUUCAAGGACAUGAGAAAUUGUUAAUUUAUGAGUAUAUGCCCAACAAAAGCCUUGACUAUUUCAUCUUUGAUCAAAGACAAGGUAGGAUGUUAGAUUGGCCUAAGCGCUUCCAAAUAAUAUGUGGAAUUGCUAAAGGGCUUCUAUAUCUGCAUCACGAUUCAAGAUUGAGAAUUAUCCAUCGAGAUCUCAAAGCUAGUAAUGUGCUACUCGAUGAAGAAAUGAAUCCCAAAAUUUCAGAUUUCGGCUUAGCUAGAACUUUUGGUGGUGACCAAUUAGAAGGAAACACAAGCAAAGUAGUAGGAACUUAUGGUUAUAUGGCUCCAGAAUAUGCAUUCGAUGGCCUAUUCUCAAUAAAAUCCGACGUGUUUAGUUUUGGCAUAUUGUUACUAGAGAUUAUAAGUGGAAAGAGAAGUAGAGGUUAUUACUAUGAAAACAAUGGCCUUACUCUCAUUGGAUUUGCAUGGACAUUGAUGAAGGAGGGCAAGGCAAAUAAGCUUAUUGACAAGUGCUUAAGGGACUCAUACGAAAACAGUGAAGAAGCAUUGCGUUGCAUCCAUAUUGGUCUAUUGUGUGUGCAACAAAGUCCUAUUGAUAGACCUAAUAUGUCUUCAGUUGUUGUAAUGCUGAGUGGUGAGAGUGUAUUGCCUCAGCCCAAACCACCAGGCUAUUUUUCUGAGACGGAUAUGUUGGAAGGAGAUGAUCAAUCUGGAUUAAGAAAGUUUCUAUCAUCGUCUUCAAAAUGUGAUAUGACCAUAUCAGUUGUCGGGCCACGAUAAGAAUCUAGGCAAAAAAUGAUACAUUGAUUGCAUAGAAAUUUUUGAGAAAUUGUAAGAAGAAUCAUAAUUGGUACAUAUUCGUGUGUAUAUAUAAUGCACGUAUACAAAAAAAAAAAAAAAAAAAAAAAAAGUAUGUCAUAUAAACAUUUGAGUGCAGGUAAUUUAUUCAUUCAAUGAUAUUUAUUGCAGUCAA